AAUGUACCUAUUUCAAUGUUAGAGUGGCAGUGAGUGAUGAAUCUUGCGUGCCUUGGAUGAUAAAAGCUCCUUUCCUUUCUAAAUCCUAAUGUCCUUCACUUGACUGCUGGCGUAUCUAAUUCGGUAAUUCUAGAAUCAAAUUAGCUUCCGUUUCUCCUAAAAUGUGAUCCUUGUUUGCGAGGAAUAAAUGCUGUAACCCAAGGUGUUUAGAAGUAAGGGUUCGUUUGUUCCCAGUUUCUUACGUUAAGAUGGUUCCAUGGGGCGGUCUCAGUUGCUGCUUGAGUGCAGCCGCUCUCUAUCUUCUUGGUAGGAGCAGUGGAAGGGAUGCAGAGGUUCUCAAGACAGUAACUCGAGUCAAUCAGCUCAAAGAAUUGGCUCAAUUGCUUGACCUUGAAAGUAAAAUGAUACCUAUAAUUGUUACAAUCUCUGGAAGAGUUGGUUCCGAGACACCAAUAAAUUGUCAGCACAGUGGAUUAAGAGGUGUCAUAGUAGAGGAAACGGCGGAACAACAUUUUCUAAAGCACAAUGAUGCCGGUUCUUGGAUACAAGAUUCUGCUUUGAUGCUUUCUAUGUGUAAAGAGGUCCCAUGGUACCUGGAUGAUGGUACUGGUCGUGUAUAUGUAGUUGGUGCUCGUGGUGCAGCAGGUUUUGCACUAACAGUUGGAAGUGAAGUAUUUGAAGAGUCAGGUCGGUCAAUUGUACGUGGAACAUUAGACUAUCUCCAAGGUCUCAAGAUGCUUGGAGUCAAGCGAAUUGAGCAGGUGCUUCCCACUGGUUCUUCUUUGACUGUUGUCGGAGAGGCUGUCAAGGAUGACAUUGGAACAAUUCGGAUUCAGAAGCCACAAAAAGGGCCUUUUUAUGUGUCCCCAAAAUCUAUUGAUCAAGUCGUUUCCAACCUUGGGAAGUGGGCAAGGUGGUACAAGUAUGCAUCAUUUGGACUGACCAUCUUUGGUGUCUUUCUAAUCACCAAGCAUACAAUCCAUUAUGUUUUGGAGAGAAGACGCCGUUGGGAAUUGCGGCGAAGGGUUCUUGCUGCUGCAGCUAAGAGAGCAGGAUCAGAUAAUGAAGAUUCAACUUUGAAAGCUGAAAAUGGAACAGAGACCAAUCAAGACUGCGUAAUGCCAGAUCUAUGUGUAAUAUGCCUUGAGCAAGAGUACAAUGCUGUUUUCAUACAGUGUGGUCACAUGUGCUGUUGUAUGGCAUGCUCUUUACACUUAACCAACUGUCUGCUUUGCCGGAGACGAAUUGAGCAGGUUGUAAAAGUCUUCCGCCAUUGAAACUCUGCUUAUGAAAUUUAUUUAAGUUGUGAUCAUACCAGCUGGGAAAUCAGGGUAUUCAUUUUUGGUCAGAGGUAAGCUUUCAAUAGUUCAGAAUCCUAUAAACUAGUAAUCACUUCUUUCUGUAAAAUAAUAAGCUUAAGGCCCUUUCAAAUAUUUAGAUUUAUCAUUCAAACAUUAUUUCAAAUGAUAAAUGGUUGCAAUUGAAUGACAGAUGCAGAGGGUUUAUAUUUUCCCAACCCUGAAAUUUAAGUAUAAAUAUUGUUUGUUACUCGUAUUAAGGAGGAAAUAGAUGAGAUCUGUAUAAACUGUUCAGCUCCCUCAACUAUUGUCCCUCUGGAGCUCUGUUGAUCUUAUUAGGGACAGCUCUCGGUCGUGCUUUCCUACAUUAGAGGUUUGAGGUUUGGUUUCACGCAUCAGGAAAUUUCCAUGAAACGUUGGAGGUAGAAGCUUAAUUGAAACUUGAAAAUUUGUAUAUUGUUUUCCAGAUGCUGUGUGAAACUAGAAGCUUAAGCUGUCUUCCUUGGAAUGAAGUGUUUAAAGGAAUUGCAGGUGGAACAAGUCUGAGGUAGAAGCUGAUUCAGUAUUUAAGUUUCUUACAGGCAAUGAACAAUUAUUGUCCAGCCUGAGAAAUUUAGUUGAGGAGAUUACAGUUCUGUCUUUUUACGUCUAUUUGUUUUGAUCAUGUAUUGCAGACCGGUAACAAUCUGGUCCAUCAUCUUGCUUAUUUCACUUCUCUUAGUACUGAUGGUAAGAUCUAUCCGAUUGUAUUGCUCAAUGGAUUUGUAAGGAAAAUGAGAUUAUGAAAGAAUGAGCAGUUAGUGCUCUUUCUUUUUCACCCUUUGAAACUCCAACAUGACUUUCCAUUAAUGAUUUUUUUAAUGAAGCAUCUUCCAUAAAAAUAAAAUAACCCAGUGAAGAAAGAGCUGAUUAACACAGAACACGGGAAACAUGAGAUGCAGCGUGCAACGUGCAACGUGUGCCAGGUGCUGUGCUAGUUUUGGGAAACGAAUAAUGGAAGUUGCAAGAAGUCAAAUUUUAACAAAGUCAAAAGGCUGUCCAAAAUCCAACGUCACCAACACUCUUUCUUCCAAUCCAAGGUAACUUUCACACUGUAAUAUUCCACUUUUUUCUAGAAUUUUCCAGGAAAACAGAGUGGUUUCUGCUUGUGAAAUGGACCAGUAGGUUUUGGGACGUAAGAAAGAAGAGCAUGAGCAGCGUCACCCACUGGUGACGCCAUUGCCCUGAAUGUUGUUGUCAACCUCAUCAAUAGUUUUAACUCACAUGUCCAUUUUUCAAUUUAAACCUAGAUACUGAAUCCGAUACCCUCUCCAUUUCUCAUCACAAAUUCAUCAACCUUUUGUCUCUUUCUCACUUCUUUCAUUGCAUUGUCAAAAAGGAAGAUACUCACUUCCUAAGUUGUACACAUUUAGUUAGAUUGUGGUUCAUAGUUGGAGCUGAGAAAUUGAAGCAUAGAAAAAGAGGAGAAUAUGAUCCCCUCAUUUCCCAUCUAUCACAUCAGUACCAAAAUUUACGAUAGCUAGUUAGCUUCCUAGAUUUUGUUUUUACACCAUGCAAUAGUUUUAUUGUUUUGGGGGUUUAAUUAUGCCCUCUAUCCUUCUACUUUUCAUGCUUUUGAAAUUUAUUCUCCUAUUUGUCUUAUUUAAAAUUUAAAAUCUAAUUGAUAAACACUAUUAAUCAACUUCUGUUAAAUUUGAAUAUGUUGCAUUUUAAUAUUCAAAGAUGGGAUUAAAAGUAAGUUCAAUUGAUGGCAGUCAAAUUUAAUAGAAGUCAAUUAACAAUGAUAUAAAUUACUUUAAUUUUUAAAUCAAACAAGUAGAUAUUAAAAUUUGGAAUUAAAAGCAAAAUGACUAAAUUUCAAAAGUCUGAAAAGUAUAGGGACUGAGGGCAAAAUUAGACCUUGUUUUUUCACUUUGUAAAUGUGUGAUUCCUUAAUCUCACUGGUCUCUAUACAAGACCUUAUUAGUAAGUAUAAAACUGGUUUGUGGGUUGGCCAUGUUAAGUAGAUAUCUGCCCUCCGGUACCUGCUUGUUCCUCCACCAAAAACAAAACUUAUCCAAUUUCCCUUUCAAUUCAUAUUACCGUCAAUGGAUUCCUCCCCCGAGGGUGUGUGUGAGAAACUAUUUAGAGCAAUCACUUUGGGUCCUGCUUUCCGCACAACCCAUCGUAUCACAAUCCCCCAACAACAAUCAACCAUCAGCCAUGCUCGAACUCCACCAUUACAAAACCCUGUCAAAACCCAAAUGGCAUCUCCACAAUACCCAAAACCUACAACCACCGAAGAAGCAGCGGCGAUUCCCAUCAAGUUUGACUAUACUUCUACUGAGAAACCAAAGCCAAUAGCAACCACCUUGAAUGCUUCAACCCGCCAAUCACCACUUGGCCGGAUGGGUCAACAGUUGGAAACACAAAAGCCCUCCACUCAUAAUGGUGAGCAGCCACGGAAUAAGUCCAAGCCUAAUAGGUCGCCAAUCCAAAUCCGAGAUGAACAACAUCAAACCACCAAGGUGGAGGGAGCCAAGAAACCAACCAAAAAUUACAAAACUUUCGAUGAAUUUAUCGAACAAACGAAGAAAAAGUUGUCAUUUGUUGAUGAGGAGGAGCAGGAUUUGGGCAAGGUUGUGGUGGAAUAUGGUAAGAAUCAUCACUUUUCCGCUUAGAGUUACCUCAAGUAUCGAGGAUAGAAAAGUGAUGAUGAGUCCUUUAUAAACAAUGAAUAAACUGGAGAUUCUAUACAUACUUCUGCUUAAUAGGUUCGAUGAAUAAUUAUGGAUUUUUAUUUUCUGCGGGCGUUUCGUAUUCCAUAAUGUCGGGUGAUGUCUAUGUUGUCAAAUAUAUUUGGAACAUGCAUAUAUAUAUAUAUAUAUAUAUAUGUGUGUGUGUUUUCCAAUAAACACUUAAUAUGCUUUUGUACUCUACCCAUUAUUGAUUUAAUAAAUUUUUUAUAUAA